AUGGACUCUCUGAGGAACCCAGAAAUGGAUUCAUCUGGCACCCAUCAGCUGUCUCUGAGGCACUGCAUUAGCCAAGGCAUCAAGCAGCUGUAUCAAACCCAACAGCUCUGCGACGUCACGUUGGUGGUUGGCGAUCAAAGGUUCCCUUGUCACAGAACACUCCUGGCCUCCGUCAGCCUCUACUUCCAGCGCAUGUUUGCCAGCACCUUCAAAGAGUCUCGGGAGGGGGAGAUCGUGCUCUUAGACUUGUCCUCCACCUCCCUCCAGAGCCUCCUGGAUUACGUCUACACAGGGGAACUGCCGCUCCAAGAAGAGGAGGCGGAAGAAAUGUUCACUGCAGCCAGCAGACUUCAAAUAGCUUCUGCGCUGGAGAUUAUCACCAGAUUUCUCCUGGAGAGGAUUACUAUGGAGAACUGCCUGGACCUUUACGUCCUGGCGUAUUCCCACAACCACCAGCCGCUCCUCCUCCCAGCUUCGCGCUACGUCUCCUCCCGUUUUGAGUGCCUCUCGGAGCUCACGGCUUUCCUGCUCCUCGACUUCAGCACCCUUCUCAGCAUUGUCGCGUUGGAAAGCCUAGCGGUGCGCUCCGAGCUGACCGUGUACCGGGCCGUGCGCCGUUGGGUCCGCCACGACUCCGCCGAGCGCUUCCCGAAGCUCCGGGUGCUAAUGGAUCACAUCCGCCUUCCGCUCCUGGCCCCCGACGAACUUGCCGAAGUCCGGGCUGAGACAGAAGAGUUUUACGAGUGUGUGCGGCUGCCGUGGGAGGAGCUCAGCGUGGAAGACCGCUUGUGGUCCAGCCGAGGGCUGAGGCAGGGCAUGUACCACGAGGGAGUGGUGUGCGUGGGGCUCCCGAAAUGGAGCGAGGCGAGCCUGGAGGACGAGGACCUGGAUUCCCACGUCCACUUCUUCGACCCUUCCACCGAAGCGUGGGAGCAGCUCCCCGAUCUGAAAUCACUCACCUCCCCGAGCUGCGUCUCCAUGGGACACAAGCUCUACAUCGCCGGCGGACAACAUUUAGACGGCUCCUACUCGGACCACCUGCUCGUUUACGAUACGCUGGGCGGGUUCUGGGCCCAGCUGCCCUCCAUGUCCACGGCCCGAGCGUGGCACGCUUUCCUCCUGUGCAAGAAAAAGCUGUACGUCGCCGGAGGCUGGGAUAACACGGGGUCGCUGGCAUGCGCCGAGAGCUACGACCUGGAGCGAGAAGAAUGGGGGCCCAUCGCCAGCCUCCCCUUUGCCUUGACUUACUUCGCUUCCGCCACGCUCAGGAGCAAACUGUAUCUCAUCGGAGGAGAGAUGGGCAUCUCCGACAUCCCGAUCCCCCACCGGGGAGUCCUGCUUUAUGACGUCCUCUCCGACACCUGGUCCCAAGUCGACCUGGCCUUUGAAUGCUACGAGGCCAGCGCCGUCACGCUGGGCAACUGCAUCUUUGUAGUCGGCGGGCUCACCAGAGACAGCGCGCAGGGGAACCGCCAGUUCACUCAGCGCUGCGUCUGCCUGCUCGGAGACGGCGCGGUGAACCGAGACGUCUCGGUCCCAUCGCUCCCCAUAGCCAUCUCUUACCCAGGCGUCGCCUGCUGCGGGAAGAGGAUUUACGUCUUCGGGGGCGACAACAAUGACUGCUAUUCUAGCGCCAUCCACUCCUGGGAACUAGGGCAGCCACACUGGGCUCGGUGCUCCGCCAAUUUACCGGACCCCAAUUAUGGAGCCUUUGGGUUUGGCUGCAUCCCGCUCAAGGUGCCUCGAAAAAACAUCUUUGCUGUCUUUCACAGGGGAUGCACUUCCUCCAUGGCAGAACAGGCAGCGGGAGGCAGUUAA